UGCUGGGUGGUGGGUGAGCGUGAGCGUGAGCGUGAGCCCAGCUACUGGAGACUUGCGAACAGUUCGGAGCAAGCGAGAGCGCGCCAGAGAGAGCGAGCGAGCGAGAGAGUGAGGGAGCGAGUAGGAGGGGACCUAGAGGAGACAGGGCGAGAAGGCGAAGGCCUGAGGACCAACGAAUUGAGACCGAAUGACCAUGGCUGUCUCUGCACCUCCAGUGAUCUCUGCAACUUCCAGCGGCGCAGGCGUCCCGGGGGGCUUAUUUCGGGCCGAACCCCUGUACUCGACUCCUGGAGAGCCUCCUCGUCUCACCCCCAAUAUGAUCAACAGUUUCAUGGCCAGUAACCACAGCGGCAGCGCCGGGGGUGGAGGGGUCGGUAGUGCCAGCGGAGGCAGCGGCAACACCAACACCAACGAGUGCAGGAUGGUCGACAUGCAUGGGGUGAAGGUGGCUUCGUUCCUGAUGGACGGCCAGGAACUGAUCUGCCUGCCGCAAGUCUUUGAUCUCUUUCUCAAGCACCUGGUGGGAGGGUUGCAUACGGUGUACACCAAGCUGAAGAGACUGGACAUAUCCCCCGUGGUGUGUACUGUCGAGCAGGUCCGGAUACUCCGCGGGCUGGGGGCCAUCCAGCCCGGGGUGAACCGCUGCAAACUCAUCACCAGGAAAGACUUUGAAACUUUGUUCACCGAUUGCACCAAUGCCAGAAGGAAGAGGCAAAUGACAAGAAAACAAGCUGUUAACAGUUCAAGGCCUGGCAGGCCUCCUAAGCGUUCUUUGGGAGUGUUGCAAGACAAUGCUCGCCUUCUGCCCCAUUCAGUCCCAGGCCUCUUAUCUCCAGGACUUAUCACUCCGACAGGUAUAACAGCUGCAGCAAUGGCUGAGGCGAUGAAGCUGCAGAAGAUGAAGCUUAUGGCUAUGAACACUCUUCAGGGAAAUGGCAGCCAAAAUGGGACUGAAUCAGAGCCCGAUGAUCUUAAUUCUAAUACAGGUGGAAGUGAAUCCUCUUGGGAUAAGGAUAAGAUGCAGUCUCCUCUUGCUGCUCCAGGACCCCAACAUGGAAUUGCUCAUGCAGCCCUGACUGGCCAGCCAGGUCUUGGGGGUGCUCCUACCCUCAAUCCACUGCAGCAGAACCACCUGCUAACCAAUAGACUGGAUCUGCCAUUUAUGAUGAUGCCUCAUCCCCUACUUCCAGUCAGCUUACCUCCUGCAUCAGUUGCCAUGGCAAUGAAUCAGAUGAACCAUCUCAAUACUAUUGCCAACAUGGCUGCUGCAGCCCAGAUUCACAGUCCACUCUCCAGAGCUGGGGCCUCUGUUAUAAAGGAACGGAUCCCAGAGAGUCCUUCUCCUGCUCCCUCUCUGGAAGAGAGUCAUCGCCCUGGGAGCCAGACCUCCUCCCACCCCAGCAGCAGUGUGUCCAGCUCUCCCUCUCAGAUGGAUCACCAUUCGGAGAGAAUGGUUAUGAUGCCCAGCAAUAGAGAAGAACUCAUUGUUGAUCAGGAUAAUGGACCAACCAUCAAAAAAUUCCAAAGGGAAAAUAAAGAAGAGGUACCCGUUCAAAUUCCAAUGAUGAAGUCACCCUUGGACAAGAUCCAACUGACUCCUGGGCAGGCAUUGCCUCCUGGAUUCCCUGGACCAUUCAUUUUUGCUGAUAGCCUGUCCUCUGUGGAGACUCUGUUGACCAACAUUCAGGGUCUACUGAAAGUGGCUUUGGAUAAUGCUCGCAUCCAGGAGAAGCAGAUUCAACAGGAAAAAAAGGAACUGAGAAUGGAGCUGUAUAGAGAGAGAGAAAUUAGAGAAAACCUUGAAAGACAACUUGCAGUUGAGCUUCAAAGCAGAACUACCAUGCAAAAACGCCUGAAGAAGGAGAAAAAAGCAAAGAGGAAACUACAAGAAGCCUUGGAGUUUGAAUCAAAGCGCAGAGAGCAAGUGGAGCAAGCACUUAAGCAAGCCACUACUACUGACAGUGGACUGAGGAUGUUAAAAGACACUGGGAUUCCAGAUAUUGAAGUAGAAAGCAAUGGGACUCCUCAUGAUAGUACUGCUAUGCAAGCCUGAACACUGAUGCCGGAACUUCAACUGAUCAUAGGCACGAAUAGGGUGCUGUAGCAGUUACCUGCUUAUCUAGUGUUGUAAUUCUUUAAAAUUCCUACUCAAAUUCUUAAAAUACGGAGCCUUCAAUUACUAUUUGUUUAUUACUGAUAAUUAGAACGUUGCACAUACAGGAAAAAUGUGCUAGAGAAUGGGCUUCACAAGUUUUUAGGGGAUAAUCAUAAUGAUGAUUGAACAUGAUACUUUACACUUCUCUAACCCCUUUCUUCCAUGGAGUUCAUAGUGCUUCAUAAACGUUAUCACAUUAAUCCACACAGCAUCCUAGUGGGGUAAGUAGGUGGAAGAAAUUUUAAGACAUAGAAGAUGCGAUUUCUAAAUGGUGUGACAGAAAUUAAAACACAGGCACACCCACUUUAAGCUGUAAUUGCUAUGAAAUAGCUUUCUCUUUGGCUGACCUGGAAUUUAACAGGAAUUAAUGUGAGGAGGUAAUUCAUUUGUGCAAAUGAUCAAUAUUUGUUAUCUUUGCUGUGGAAAUCACCUUUCGAAAAGAAACACAUUUCCUGUUGUGUUCUCUGAGGAAAUAUAGAGAGCUCUAGUUUGUAGAUUUUACCAUACCUAGUUCUUUCUUUGAUCUGUUGAUAGUGGAGCAAGUCAUUGAAUACCUUUCUACUAGCACAUUCCUUAUCUGUAAAGAAGGCAAUGAUAAAAACACAGACUCAAGCUACUAAAAAUACCCCUUUUAUUCUUUUUUGCUCUCUUCCCAGCUCCAAUCCAGGUUCCUCUAUUAUUAAGCUAUUAACAAACCAACGACUGAAAAAUCUAUACACAUAAGAAAGGAGAAAAGCGGAGAUGAUGGGUCGGUCACAUCAUGGAUAUUUUCCACUGCUCACCCUCCGGUCUAGACAUGGCUUGAUGCCUAAGAUGUUACAGUGAUUAGAACCAAAUGGGUCAUUUGGCUUGAAUUGCCCAGGAAAUGGCCUCAGAUAUUUUUAACUGUUUACUUAAUGGAGACCUGGCCAUCAUCAUUAUUUUCAUGUCUCCUACGAAUCUAAUAGAGCAGUGUUCCAAUGUGGUAAAUGGUAGUCCAGUGACCAAAAAGAUAUAUUAAUUCUUCUUCUAAAGUACCCUCUUUACACAGAGCAAAAACUAAUCCAUUAUGUUGUUUUUACAUCUGCCCUAGAAUUAAGUCAUGUUGUGACAGAAGCACCACUCAUCUUGUGCAUAAGGCCAACUGAGUUUUUAUCCAUUCUCCAAUAAUCAGUUUCCUGUGCCAAUGCAUGCAAUUUCUGCUGGAAUGGCCACCUACCCUACACAUUUAAAAAAUAUUACAUUAAUUCAUAUCAAUGUGACAUUCCAAUCAUUCCAUGCUCUGAAGAACUUUUUUUUUCUAAGGCUUCUGGUGCCUCCUACAUAUUGUAGAAGGUCGACUUGUGUAGAGUAGAUAUGUUGCUUUAACCUAAUUCAGUGAAAUAAUGCCAAAUUAGAAAUAGUCAUGCAGAUGGACAAGGCAAAGACACACUUUUAGAAUUCUAUAUCAGAUAUCUGAAUUGAAUAACAAAGAGGUGUGACUUCAAAAGACAUCCAGAAAUCUCUCAUUAUUUGAUAGUCAAACAGCAUAUAUUGAAUGAUAAGGGAAACUGAAUAACAUUUUCAAAUUAACUAAGUUACCUAAAAAUAAACUAAUAUCUUUCUUUUUUCUACAAAUAGCUAUGAUUGAUGUUGGUUGAGCUGUAAGGAAUCCUCAUAUGUUUUCUUCUGGCCUUUUCCCACAUAUCUGCCUUCUUUAUGACACCUGAUUUUAGCUUAUUCUUUUUCAUAAGCUUCAGAUACACACCACAGAAGGCAAAUCUCAUGCUUACCUGAGUUUGGAACAGCCAGAUGUGGCCCUUUAAAGAUAACUUAACUGAUGAGCAGAGGUGCAUCUCCCAUCUCCCAUAUGGAGGAGGACACACCAGACUCCCCUGGCAUGGGGUAUGCCCAUGUUAGGCAGUGCUGUGCUAAGGGAAGGACUGUGUGGGUCCUUCGCUUUUAUUUUUAAAAUGAUCACCUUUGUGUGUAUCAAAUUCCCCAUUUUACUUAUCUGAUAAAUCUUAAAGCAAUAAAAUCUGUCAGCUCUCCCCAAAUGUCACUGUGUGUCACUCCUUGUAAGUUCCCAAGCUCCCUAACAUUCCUCUGGAGAGGCCUUGUUCAUUGCUCUUCCUGAUCUUUAAUCUUGUUUACAUCCAGAAUGCAUAUUAGAUCAUCUGUGUUUGGAGCUCAAGUACAGACCCUUUUAAAAACAUGAAACAUUCAAUUACUAAUUAGCUGUUUCCUGUUCCUAAUGAAGUGAGCAUGCUGGGUUUGGAUUAAAAUUCAGUGACUGCUCUCCUCUGUUUAUGGUUCCAGAUGUUUGUGUUUUAUCUAGGAGUUUACUUUGACAGCUACUACUAAAUGAUAAAUCACUCAUAUUAUAGCUGAAAUGCAUUUUGAAAUUGAAAUGUGACAACUUUGAGAUUGCUCCAAGGAUCUGUGUCAGUUAGCAGGUCAAUAUUGGCUCCUUCCUUAGGAUCACUCAGUAUUGGCACAUGUAAAGCAGUAACAGAAUCUGUGUCAACAUUAUACAGCAUGCUACACAAGAGUCUAUUUUGCUACUAUCCUCUAAAUCAGGAGAAAAAAAGUUUUACUACUAUGAAAUCUCAACUUACUGUAUUCUAAGUAGAAAAAUUGCUACAAAUACUAUCUUCUUACUGGCCUAGUUUUUCUGUGGAUUUCUGAGCUGAUGUGGAAACAGUUCCUGAUAGGCCUUAAAAAUUGGCACAUUUAAUGAAGGGUGUGGGCAAAGAUGUUUGUCUUUUUUAAUAAAGACAAAAAUUAAAUAUAAUGAAGGAGGGAGAUUUUUCAGAAACUGCCUUUUUCUAAAGGACAAAUAGUGAUUGCUUUUUUGCCAUUUGUUACUAUGUUUAUGGACCUUUCUCACAGGAUAUUAUUUUGUUUUACCAUUGCUUUCAAAUUUGUAAUGUUCACAAUUUGUACUGCAUGAUUUAAGUUUUAACUAUAUUGUAUAAAUUUUCAACUCUGGUAAAAUGAAUGUCUGCCAUUUGAUGUUGAGGAGCUUUCCUUUGACAUUUAUGCUAUAUUUACAGCGGAUGAGAUAGACUGGAAAACUGAGCCACUACCUGGUGAAUUUGAUCAGAAUAAAUAUUCUCAGGGGAGAGGGUAUAGCUCAGUGGUAGAGCACGUGCUUAGCGUGCACGAAGUCCUGGGUUCAAUCCCUAGUACCUCCAAUAAAUCUAAUGCCUCCCCCACUAAAAACCAGAAUAAAUAUGCUCAGACACCACAAAGAAGUCUGAGUAAUUCUCUGGGAUGACAGACUAUUAGACAGAUUCCAAAAAUUUUAGCUUUGUUUUCUUCUUCCCUGAAAAAGUUCAGAUGACUUCCAUGGGCUUUUAGGCAAAAUGCCUGGUUGCUUGCUAAUAAAGUCUGACCCUCCAGAUAGUCUGACUGACAUAGAAUUAAAUUAUUUUAUUCUUCAAUUACCUUACAACAUCUUUAUUUUUGGUUCUGAAUAUUAUCUGGAAAACUCCACUGACUUGCCACGAUAUCUCUGACAAAGAAAAAAAUAAAUAUUCUGAAGAUUUUAUACAGUAAAAGAGCAUAUUUUCCUGCUGACAAUGCUAAGCUUUGACUAGACUGAUUUAAUGUUUUAGACUAGGCAUAUCAGGCCAACAAUGAUAAUGUACUCUCCUUUAUAUGUGAAGAUGAUGCAUUUGACUCACAAACAUAGUCUUUAAGUGUUUCUUAGGAUGGGAUGAUGGAUUUGUACCAAUCAUCUACACUUUCUUCCCUUGUUCUGCUUUUGUCCCCAAAAGCCAAUUUUUAUGAAGUAGCUGGAUAGAGACUUGGGCUAUGGAAAAGAGGAAAGUUAGACAAAAAGACGUGGAAUUGUUUUUUUGAAAGUUGUUUCUGACUGUAAUUUUUACCGACACCAUCAAAUAUUUUCUAACUCUAGGAUGGUAUGAACUCUUCUGAUUAUCAGCAUUUAAAUCGAUACAGGUUUGACUAAACACUGUGGCUAAAAUGAUAUUCAGAACUCGUCUCACUUCGUGCAGUAUACACAGUCUCAAAGUUAACCUGAGCAGAGAAAACAAAAUAUUUCAUCAAAGCUAUCAUCACCUUAGUUCAUAACCAGACACCCCCUUUCCCCUGUUUCAGUAUACCACAGGGAUCUCAAACACACGAUUCUGUACAAAUGGAAAAAUAACACAGGUAACUAUAGGCAUCAUAGUUUAUGAAACGAGUCUUCCCAGUCUUUGAUGGAAAGAAGUGCUAUGGAAAGAAGAACGGAAGCUGUAGCAUGCAAUUUGAAGGAUCUUGGAAAACUGACACAGGAACAUAGAGAAAUGUUGAGAAAUUUUAAAUUUUACCAAUAUUAAAUCAAGCCUGUUACAACAAAUCAUUUAAGGUCCUGAAGAUAGAAGUUUAGUAUUUUUAAGCACGUGUUAGAAUUAUUCCUCAGAAAAACUAACUUGUUUUCUUUUUUUUAAAGGAGGUAACUAUUACUGUUUAGCAAUGGCACAACAGUUUUAUUCGGCCUGAAAGGUCCUCGCUGGCUUUACAUAAAUGAAGAUGCUUGUGAUUCCAGUUUAUCUCUGAAACUAUUCAACAUGGAGUUAUUUCAAUUGUGUUUAUCAGCAAAGCUUUGUUUACUGAAGCAGCUAUUCAGUCUCUAUUACAUUAAA